AAGAGACACAAAUCAAACGCAAUAAUAAUAACAUUUUAAAAGUUACAAGUCUAACCGACCUACACAUAGACUAUAAGCUAAUCGUCAUACAUCACAAACGUAGCCUAUGUGAGGUAGCCUAAUUAUUCAGACCGUAGCCUAUGAAUGCUUCCAUUUCAUAUCCUUUGCGUUUUGUCUUGAAAUGAGUUCUUACGUAGCCAACUCGUUGUUCAAGCAAACUCACCAGACUGCAGCUUUCGCUCUGCACAACAAUGGCUACGGAACUAACCCUGAACUCAAUACAUCCGACUACUGUUAUGGAGGGCACGAUCACCGUGGGUCAUUCGCGUCACAAUCGUCCUCAAGUUUGGGCAUGGGUGAGAUUAACAGAGGGCUUCAUGGCAAUCCGGGUGACCCGACUUCAGGGCCAGAGUCCUCCGCAUUAGAGUGUUCACAGAGACGACAGAACGAGCACUCGAGUGGUCGAGACUCUCUAAAUUUAGGACUUUAUCGUCGCAAAUCGGAGAUGGACUCGGAUUUUGGUCAAAUGGUCAUCGCCAAGACUCAUACAGACGAGAUAAAAGUGGGAACUUUGCAAUCUGUACAACCACCGAGACAAGCGAACACUUCUUCUCGGCCACAGACUUGUGAACAGCAACCACACAUUUAUCCCUGGAUGACUAAACUACACAUGGGCCACGCUGAUGGAAAACGAUCAAGGACGAGUUAUACACGCUAUCAGACUCUAGAGUUGGAGAAAGAGUUCCACUUCAACCGCUAUCUGACGCGUCGCAGGCGCAUCGAGAUCGCCCACACACUAUGCUUGAACGAGAGGCAAAUCAAAAUUUGGUUCCAGAACCGACGAAUGAAGUGGAAGAAAGAUUCAAAGCUAAAAACAAAGGAGUCAAUGUGAAACAGCAAACCUUCUUCAAUCGUUAGACUACGUUUCAAGAUGACUUUCAGUAACUUGUAGCAGUAUACACUUCUUCAACUUUCUGUGAUGCCAUUCAGUGUGUAAGCCCAUUCAUUCUGACAAUUAAAGACAUUUUGCGUAAUUAAUUUAAACGUAUGUCUUUCUGAGAGUUGGAUGUCUUUAUUUUCCAUUUUAGAUUACCUAUCUAAGAAUAUAAUUGUUUUUUGUUGUUGUUGU